GACAUACCACUGCCAGUUUAAUAGGUUAGAUAGGCUAGAAUAGGUGUUACCAUGUCCAUGGUGGUACUGUUUUCGACGGCUAGCCUAGGCCAAUGUUGUUGACCAUCAGUUCUUGCAUGGAGGAGUUUCUUAGUAUAUCCGGGGUCGUAUUGUUCUGUAAUGUUUUGAUGAACCCUUUCUUCUUCUCUCGUUGCGUUGAAGGUCGACGAUUUUUGUUUAGAAAAAAAUUUUGAUUUCCUGAAACUUAGUGGGCGUCAGCAUGGCCGAAGACGGAGAAAUUGGAAUAAAAAGCGACACAGUGAAAUACAGGGGACCUAAAACAAAUUCUCAGGGAAAUGAUAACAAAUUUGGCAAAACACAACUUAUCCAGUUGGUAGGAAUAUUGGAGAAUGAAAUUCAAACUAGAGAUCUCAUUAUACACCAGUUUAAGGUUGAACGCCAGAAACUGCUACGUAGUAAAGCAGUGCAGAAGAAGCUGAUCUUUAACAAUCCUUAUGCGGCGUUAAUCCGUGACCGGCCAGAUGGCGAACCGGGGGAAGAGGAGGCUAAUCACCCCCUGCAACAUCUUCAAACUCUUAUAGCUCACCAUAAAAAGGCUGAGCAAAAUAUGAUAGCAGAGUUAAAAGCCUUGACUGAGAGCCAUGCAAAGACUGUUUCUCAGCUAGAGGAUGAGAGGCACAAACACGCCCAGGAUGCAGCGCAGGGAGAUGAUGUCACCUACAUGUUGGAAAAAGAAAGAGAACGUCUUAUACAACAGGUUGAAUUUGAGAAAGCGCAGCAGAAAAAGCUAGAAAAGGAAAACAAGAGAGCGCAGAAUUUGAUCGUUCAGGAACGAAAGAAAAUCAAGCAAGUUGCAAAGUUCAUGCUUGAGGAGAGAACUGUACUGUUGGAACAACUAAAAGAAGAACAACAAAAAUCAGACAUGCUUGCUCAUUCCCUACUAUCUCUCCAGCAAAAGGUGGAGAACACAGAGAGCUUCCUUUCGGCAGAAUCUAAGGAUGCUGCAAAACGAGAGGCAGAGAUGGAGAAGCAGUUGUCUGAAGUUGAUAUAGAAAGAGAACAAUUGAAAGCUAAGUACAAUCGAGAAGAGAAAAGGAAUAAAGAAUUCAAAGAGGAAAUUCAAGGUUUACGGAAGAAGGUUAGUGACCUUGAACAAGCCUUGGCAAGUACAGAACAGCAACUGAAAUCAGAAAUUGCAAAGAAGAAUUCCAAGAUUAGUCCAAGUAAUAGUGCAGUCUCUAUAGUGGGAAUCUCUGGUAAAGACACUAAACAAAAGACACCUCCAGUAGCAAGAGCGACUGCCAAAGUUAUCAGAGAUCGCAAAUUAGAUCGCUCUGACGGUUCCAAUUCUUCCAGUUCCGAAGACCUUCAUAACCCAAGAAGCGGUAAAAACCUAGGAGGUGUUCCAAGAGCUUCGAGUGGGGGUGUGAAACCUGGUUCGAAAUCAAAGCCGAAAGUAGGAAAUUCAUCACCGACAACGCAGGUGCGAGGAAGCAACAACGGGAGGGCAUCGCCGGUCAACAGAAGUAAGCAAGCAACCGUGGCAGGCAGUAAGCGUGGCGCAGCUGUAGCAACUUCAACUGCUAACCCUCCCACUGCUAAGGUUCUUCCGCUGACACAGCAGCAAGGCAAGCCUGGUUCACCAGGCAGAGGUACUGGUUCAUUAAUCAACACAGGAGAGGAAAGGUCUAGAGAUGCCAAAGCCACUAACAAUUCUAAGCAAACCCCUUCUUCUAAUCAACCCCUUCUAAUUCAGGCAUCAAGCCCGAGCGGGACACUAACCACAAAGAAGGUUGUAUCUCCCCGGGGAAAUCCCCCUCCCAUACCCCCUAACAAACCAACUCUUAUACCUCAGAAGUUUGGUCCUUCAAGCACACAGCUAAACAGUGGAGUUGGUAGAACUGCAUCUGUAGUAGCUAAAAAACCGGAUUCUUUGGUGGAGGCUCGCAAACAGUUCUACGCAAGUAAGCUGGGAGGAAUUUCGGGGCACAAGCCAGUUAACACAGGUAGCGUCCUCAACGCCAACAGUAACAACUCUAAUGCAGAGGGCAUGGCCAGGGACUUGCAGGUGGGUGAGGUUUCAAGAAGGUCGGAUGAUUCUACUCCAGGCCAGGCCAGCCUAGCUCCACACCACACAAAGACAGGUGUCCCUGGCCAAGUAGGUAGAAUUCAAGAUAAAUCAGUAGCAGGUGCAAGCCCCCUGCACCUGGUAGCUGAGAGGGGGGAGGUAGGGGCAAUUAAUAGGCUUGUAGUCGAACAGCAUCUGGAUCCUAAUUUAACGGCAGACGACGGAUCUACCCCGGUUCAUAUAGCGGCCCUCUAUGGCCAAUACGAUUGUUUAAAGUCUUUAUUACAGCACGGCGGUUCAGCCGCUGCUGUCAGAGUUGACGGAUUUACCCCGCUGCAUGCAGCCGCAAAGUUUGGACAUGCAAGGUGCAUGCAGAUUUUACUUGACGCUGGAAGUCCAGCCAGCCAACCGGACACCAUCGGUUGGCAGCCUCUUCACCAGGCUGCGAGCAGUGGCUCAGGAGCGUGCGUUCAAGUUCUUCUUAGCCAGGGUAUAUCAAGCUUAUGCAGAUCACAGACUGGAUGUACACCUCUGCACAUAGCAGCAGAGAGAGGGCAUGUGGAGUGUCUGCAAGUAUUGCUACAGCACUUUACAGCUAAAGGGCUUCAAAGUGAGCUAAAUGCAGCCAGUCAGGAGGGCUGGACAGCUGCCCAUCUUGCUGCCUCUUUAGGGCAUGUGGAAGCUCUCGAGUUGCUAUGUCGCCAUGGUCUUGAUUUAGAGGCACUUGAUAUGUGGCAACGAACUCCACAUGAUGUUGCCACGCCAACAUGUAAACGUGUAAUAGCUUUCAGUUCACCAGAUAGUAUCAAGGUGAUCGUUGCUGUGGUAGUCGACGGAGAACAGGGUCAGAGCUGCCAACGCUGCAGUAUCGGUUGCAUUCUGGUCUCUAAACGUACCAACUGGACGUCAUUUCACAGCAGCGUUGCCAAUGCUCUUAUGCAGCAUACGAAGGAAUUGAAUGGAGCAGAUGGGAUUGGGAAAACAGAUGGCAGUCCUACAGAAGACACUCCAGAUGGAGAGAUGGAACUGAGUCUGAAUGCAGCUGCUAUUGCCUCUUACACACUUGGAGGUGUUACAUGGACCAGUCAUAAGUACCCAUCUACAGCUCCAUUUGUCCUCACCAAAUCAGGGUCAGACAUAGAGGUACGACUUAAAUCUGUGGCAAAAGGGAGUCUGGAUCAGUUAGCCUACACCAGCCAUGUUUCUGCUAAAACAUUACAGACGUUUUUGCGAUUGGUUGAACAAUACCGCAAUGUAGUGUUCUACGGACCUCCAGGCUGCUGUAAGUCCCAUGUGGCAGUGAAGCUUGCUCAGUGCCUCAAGACAAGACAAGAUAAGGAAGGGUUGCGAUGUACAGUUAUCUUGUUACCUCUGCAACACCACGUCACACGGGAAAGCCUAAGGAAGGUCCUCAUUGAGAAAGGUUUCUUGCGAGCUAUUGAGCAUGUUGGUGAUUGGCCAAUGUCUGCACCAAUCCUGGUGUUGGAUGGAUUGGAUCAAAUCAACGUGUCAGUCAUCUUAUCGGACCUGAUGCCGGCCCUGGAACACCUUCGGGCUAGCAGUCCAACAUCACCACCGGCUUACCAAUUACAUCCCAGGAAUUGCAUCAUUGCCACAAUGAAUAGAAAUAGAAUGACUGGUCUAGAUUUAUCUGUACAGCAGCUUUUCCGUUGGGUUCAUUUCAAGUGGGACAACCAACCGGUACGCUGCAUGCUCACCAGGCACAUCCGACUCCGUUUGAUCUCCGCUAACGGAGGCCAACCGUUCCCGCCGACCGAUGGACAGAACUUGCUUGGAGCGUGGGUGUACAGUGCUUGGUGGAGGUUGAAUGAAUACCUGCAAAAGCUAAGCCUGGUUGAGACUAUCCAAGGGCCCAGACUGUUUUAUGACUUUCCUCUUGAUGUCCACAAUCCAGAGGUGGUGUUUAGAUGGUUGGCUAAGACAUGGAAUGUACAAAUUGCACCGGCUGUGGAAGAGGCAAUCGUACAGGGUUCAGCUGUUGGAGGACCAACGCCCACAACGCAAGUUGUCAACACCGCCCUCUGUGUGUUGCUAAGGAAAGCAAUCUUGCCAAACUGCCCAUUCCAACCUUCAGAAUAUCAAGCAUAUUUGUCUAAUUUCCGUGGCCUGAAAGAUGGACCUGUGCUUUCUCAAACCUCCACCAUCAUCAGAGCUGAGCGUCGCAGCAGGAGUCUAGAUCGUAGCAGAGUCACCAUUUCCAACCAUUUAAGUCUUCCACGAGAUCAAAUGGUUCUUGAUUUAGGUGAUGAACGAUUAUCUAGUAUGAAGAGAAGUAGCAAGACCGAUAUUGCCAAACGUGUUAUUGAAAUGUAUGACGGCCCUGAUGUUUCUGAUUGUCAAAUAAGAGGCGCAACCAGCCAUCCUCAGCCACAUCACAUGACCAGGAUGACGAGCUCAUCCCAGAGUCCUCUGCUGUCGGAGAUCACCAAUAUAUUGGACCAAGGCCAAGAAGAGAUAGCGGAGAUCGAAAAGCAAAUGAAAAGAGCAAGCUGGGAAGAAGGCAAACAGCAGGCUAACAUUGGCCGACAGAAAACGUCAUGGGACGCGGGUAUGUGGGAGGAGACUGUAUGAACAUUUAUAAAAUCAACACAUGAACGAUUAAAAAAAUAACUGAAAACUCACAAAAUGAUCCUUUGAAAGUCAGUCACCUGUGGAAUGUUUCGUCUAAAAAGUUCAAAGUGAAAACAAAUUAUCAUUGAACAGUUAAUAUACUGAGAGCUUCAGUUUGGACGAUAUGAUUGCAGAUGUGAUUGAUAGUCGAGUGUCGCGAGUAAUCUACUGAAUCAUCCUAUAUAACUAAAUAAAGACGUGCGGUAUUGCAGUACGCAUCCGCUUAGAAAUUAAGACUAGUUCCAAGUGAGACAUAUUUAUAUAUGAACCGAGGAAGGAUCCUAUCUAAGCUAUAUAUGAACAAAGAACGGAUCCUAUCUAAGCUAUUUUUGAACCGAGGAAGGAUCCUAUCUGAGCUAUAUAUGAACCGAGAUAGGAUUCUAUCUAUUAAAGCUAUAUAUAUAUAUGAACCGAGGAAGGAUCCUAUCUAAGCUAGGUAAUGAGGGAGACAACUGCUGUUGUGACUACAAGCUAAUAUUAAUUACCAAUGUACUUAUGUAUUGCAUUAAUAUAUUUAUAAUGUAUUCAUGUUAUUAAGUUUAUAGCAAAAAACAAAAGUAAAAAAUAGUUGGAGUGUUGUAGAAACAGUCGUUUGUAAAUAUAAAGGAAAUUUGAACACGAGAAUGGUGUAAAUUGUAUAUAGCCUAGCUUAUCCAUACAGGUUUUAUCAAGUAUGUGUGUGUUAUGUUUGUCUGUGUAUAUAUAUAUAUAUAAAUAUAAACUAAAUUUAACAUGUAAUUUUUUUGCAUUCAAACUAAGCAUCCACUG